AUGACCAAUAAAAUGCUUCAACGGAAACAAACGGUCAUUGAUGUACUUCAUCCUGGAAAGAAAACAGUACCUAAGAUAGAAAUUUGGGAAAACCCAGCCAAAAUGUACAAGAGCCUACCAGAUGUCAUCUUUGUAUUUGAAUUCCAAACCCAUUUUGGUGAUGGCAAAACAACUGGCUUUGGCAUGAUUUAUGAUUCCUUGGAUAAUGCAAAGAAAAAUAAACCCAAACAUAGAUUUGCAAGUCAUAGCUUGUAUAAGAAGAAAAAGACAUCAAGAAAACUGUGA